CCGACGACCGGCAGCAGGCCGGCUCAGGACAUCCGCCUCCACCUUUUCCGCGAAGCCUUCCUGUCCCAGGGGCCGUUCUCGGCGGCCCGCUCUGGCGAGCGCCAUCCCAGCCUCGAGCUCCGAGCCCACCAACGCCACAGGCGCGCGCGGAGCGCACCUGACCCCGGCGAGCGGGCGGGGCGGGGCGACGGGACUGACGUGGCCCGCGGCGUGGAGCGGGCGUGAUUCAUCAGUCGCCGCACCAGGGCCGGAUGCUGGCGAGCGCAGCGGCCGCCUAGGCGCGCAGGGCCAGGGAGCAGCGGCGGCGGCUUUCCCUCUCCAGCCUCUCGUGCUUCUCUCGCUGUCGGCUGCCAGGCCCCUGCGAGGGUCAAGAUGGAAGAGAUCCUGAGGAAGCUGCAGAAGGAAGCGUCCGGGAGCAAGUACAAAGCCAUCAAAGAGAGCUGCACCUGGGCCCUGGAAACCCUGGGUGGUGUGGAUACCAUUGUCAAGAUCCCUCCCCACUUGCUGAGGGAGAAAUGCCUGCUGCCUCUCCAGUUGGCUUUGGAGUCCAAGAACAUGAAGCUGGCCCAGCACGCCUUGGCAGGGAUACAGAAGCUUCUGUCAGAAGAGAGGUUUGUAUCCAUGGAAACGGACUCUGACGAGAAGCAGCUGCUCAAUCAGGUCCUGAACGCUGUGAAAGUGACGCCGUCCCUCAACGAAGACCUGCAGGUGGAAGUGAUGAAGGUUUUACUCUGCAUAACCUAUACCCCGACAUUUGACCUGAACGGCAGUGCUGUGCUGAAGAUCGCAGAGUUGUGUUUAGCAUGCCGUAAAGCUGGAUGUCCACAAAUGCAUGAAAUGAUCAAAAUGUCCAUUACGAAAGUCCUCACUGCCCUGUGUCUUCGUGCAUUCCCUGACGAUCAGGGGCCUGUGGCUUUUCACAAGGUGUGCAUUGAGACAUACACAUGUAGCUGUCACCAGCGUAGUAUAAACACUGCUGUGCGGGCCACUCUCAGUCAAAUGCUGAGUGACUUGACUUUGCAGUUGCGACAAAGGCAGGAGAAUACGAUAAUUGAAAACCCAGACGUCCCACAGGAAUUCAGGAAUCCAGGGUCGACCGUUGAGGCCCUCUGUGAUGACCUUGUGUCUGUGCUCACUGUUCUGUGCGAGAAGCUACAAGCCGCCAUCAAUGACAACCAGCAGCUGCAGCUUCUGUACCUGGAGUGCAUUCUGUCUGUGCUCAGCAGCUCCUCCUCCUCCAUGCACCUGCACAGAGGCUUCACCGACCUGAUCUGGAAAAACCUUUGCCCUGCUCUCAUUGUGAUCCUGGGGAAUCCAAUUCAUGACAAAACCAUCACCUCCGCUCACAGCAGCGCAAGUGCCGGCGUGGACUCGGACUCCACAUCUCCUGGAGUUUCUGACCAUGGCCGGGGCUCAGGCUGCUCCUCCACUGCGCCUGCGCUGAGUGGGCCUGUGGCUCGGACCAUCUACUACAUUGCAGCUGAGCUGGUCCGGCUGGUGGGGUCGGUGGACUCCAUGAAGCCCGUGCUCCAGUCCCUCUAUCACCGCGUGCUGCUCUACCCCCCACCGCAGCACCGAGUGGAAGCCAUCAAAGUAAUGAAGGAGCUACUCGGGAGCCCACAGCGUCUCUGCGAUUUGGCAGGACCCAGCUCCACUGAACCCGAAACCAGAAAAAGAUCAAUUUCAAAAAGAAAGUCUCAUCUGGAUCUUCUCAAACUCAUCAUGGAUGGUAUGACCGAAGCAUGCAUCAAGGGUGGCAUCGAAGCUUGUUAUGCCGCCGUGUCCUGUGUCUGCACCUUGCUUGGGGCCUUAGACGAGCUCAGCCAGGGCAAGGGCUUGAGCGAAGGUCAGGUGCAGCUGCUGCUCCUGCGCCUGGAGGAGCUGAAGGACGGGGCCGAGUCGAGCAGGGACUCCAUGGAGAUCAAUGAGGCCGACUUCCGCUGGCAGCGGCGCGUCCUGUCCUCAGAGCACACGCCGUGGGAGUCGGGGAACGAGAGGAGCCCUGACAUCAGCAUUAGUGUGACCACGGACACGGGCCAGACCACUCUGGAGGGAGAGCUGGGUCAGACCACACCCGAGGACCACUGCGAAAACCCCAAGAACAGCCUCAAGUCCCCAGCCAUCCAGGAGAGCAAGGAGACGCUGAGCAAAGGCACAGAACCAGAAGCAGUGGACCAGCCCGACGUCGUUCAGAGGAGCCACACGGUCGCCUACCCCGACAUAACUAACUUCCUGUCGGUGGACUGCAGGAUGAGGUCCUACGGGUCCAGAUACAGCGAGAGCAACUUCAGCGUGGACGACCAGGACCUCUCUAGGACGGAGUUUGACUCCUGCGACCAGUACUCAAUGGCAGCAGAGAAGGACUCGGGGAGGUCCGACGUGUCUGACAUCGGGUCGGACAACUGUUCGCUGGCCGAUGAGGAGCAGACCCCUCGGGACUGCCUGGGCCACAGGUCCCUGCGGACCGCAGCUCUGUCUCUCAAACUGUUGAAGAACCAGGAGGCCGACCAGCACAGCGCCCGGCUGUUUGUGCAGUCCCUCGAAAGCCUCCUCCCUCGCCUGUUGGCCCUGCCCAGCGUGGAAGAGGUGGACGCGGCCCUCCAGAACUUCGCCUCCACCUUCUGCUCAGGCAUGAUGCACUCCCCGGGCUUUGACGGGAACGGCAGCCUCAGCCUGCAGAUGCUGAUGAACGCGGACAGCCUGUACGCAGCUGCGCACUGCGCUCUGCUCCUGAACCUGAAGCUCUCCCACGGGGACUACUACCGGAAGCGGCCCGCCCUGGCGCCCGGCAUGCUGAAAGAGUUCAUGAAGCAGGUGCACAACAGCGGGGUGGUGAUGGUCUUCUCCCAGACCUGGAUCGAGGAACUCUACCAUCAGGUGCUCGACAGAAACAUGCUGGGAGAAGCUGGCUACUGGGGCAGCCCGGAGGACAACAGCCUUCCGCUCAUCACCAUGCUGACCGAUAUCGAUGGCUUAGAGAGCAGUGCAAUCGGGGGCCAGCUGAUGGCCUCGGCAUCCACAGAGUCUCCCUUCACCCAGGGCAGGAGAAUUGAUGACUCCACAGUGGCAGGUGUGGCAUUUGCUCGCUACAUUCUGGUUGGCUGCUGGAAGAACUUGAUUGACACUUUAUCAACCCCCCUGACUGGCCGCAUGGCGGGGAGCUCCAAAGGGCUGGCCUUCAUUCUGGGAGCUGAAGGCAUCAAAGAGCAGAACCAGAAGGAACGUGACGCCAUCUGCAUGAGCCUAGAUGGGCUGCGGAAGGCAGCGCGGCUGAGCUGUGCUCUAGGAGUUGCAGCUAAUUGCGCCUCGGCCCUUGCCCAAAUGGCAGCUGCGUCCUGUGUCCAGGAAGAGAAAGAGGACAAGGAAGUCCAAGAACCCAGCGAUACCAUAGCACAAGUGAAACUGAAAGUGGAGCAGAAGCUGGAGCAGAUCGGGAAGCUGCACGGGGUGUCACUGCACACAGCCCACGUCCUGUGCAUGGACGCCAUCCUCAGCGUCGGCCUGGAGAUGGGAAGCCACAACCCGGACUGCUGGCCACACGUGUUCAGGGUGUGUGAGUACGUGGGCACGCUGGAGCACACCCACUUCAGCGAUGGCACCUCCCAGCCCGCGCUGACCAUCAGCCAGCCCCAGAAGGCACCCGGCGGCCCUGGACUGCUCGGGGACCUGGAGGGUGAGGGCUCACCCCCGGAGCAGAGCCCGGAGCAGGAGAGCUCGCUGAGCAUGGCCCCCGUCAUCCAGCCCCUCUCCAUCCAAGAGCUCGUCAGGGAAGGCGGCCGAGGCCGGGCCUGUGACUUCCGCGGGGGCAGCCUCAUGACCGGGAGCAGCGCCGCCAAGGCCGUGCUCACGCUGUCCACGCAGGCCGACAGGCUCUUUGAAGAUGCUACAGAUAAGUUGAACCUCAUGGCUUUGGGAGGUUUUCUUUACCAGCUGAAGAAAGCGUCGCAGUCCCAGCUUUUCCAUUCUGUUACCGACACAGUUGACUACUCGCUGGCCAUGCCAGGAGAAGUAAAGUCCACCCAAGACCGCAAAAGUGCCCUGCACCUGUUCCGCCUCGGGGACGCCAUGCUGAGGAUCGUGCGCAGCAGAUCGAGGCCGCUGCUCCACGUCAUGCGCUGCUGGAGCCUCGUGGCCCCGCACCUGGUGGAGGCUGCCUGCCAUAAGGAAAGACAUGUGUCUCAGAAGGCUGUUUCCUUCAUCCACGAUAUACUGACAGAGGUUCUCACUGACUGGAAUGAGCCACCUCACUUCCACUUUAAUGAAGCACUCUUCCGACCCUUUGAGCGUAUUAUGCAGCUAGAGUUGUGCGACGAGGAUGUGCAAGACCAGGUUGUCACAUCCAUUGGUGAGCUGGUUGAAGUGUGUUCCUCCCAAAUCCAGUCGGGCUGGAGGCCCUUGUUCAGUGCCCUGGAAACGGUGCACAGUGGGAACAAGUCUGAGGUGAAGGACUACCUCGUUGGUGAUUACUCCAUGGGAAAAGGCCAAGCUCCAGUGUUUGAUGUAUUUGAAGCUUUUCUCAAUACCGACAACAUCCAGGUCUUUGCUAAUGCAGCCACUAGUUACAUCAUGUGCCUUAUGAAGUUUGUCAAAGGACUGGGGGAAGUGGACUGUAAGGAGAUCGGAGACUGCGUCCCGGGACCCGGAGCCACGUCCCCAGACCUGUGCCUCCCUGCCCUGGAUUACCUCCGGCGCUGCUCUCAGCUAUUGGCCAAAAUCUACAAAAUGCCCAUGAAGCCCAUAUUCCUUAGCGGGCGCCUGGCCAGCUUGCCUCGCAGGCUCCAGGAGCAGUCGGCGAGCAGUGAGGAUGGAAUGGAGUCGGUCCUGUCUGAUUUCGACGAUGACACCGGUCUCAUAGAAGUCUGGAUCAUCCUGCUGGAGCAGCUAACAGCAGCGGUGUCCAACUGUCCACGGCAGCACCAACCGCCAACCUUGGACUUACUCUUCGAGCUGUUGAGAGAUGUUACCAAAACACCUGGGCCAGGGUUCGGGAUCUAUGCAGUUGUUCAUCUUCUCCUUCCUGUGAUGUCCCUCUGGCUCCGCCGUAGCCAUAAGGACCAUUCGUACUGGGACGUGGCCUCCGCCAACUUCAAGCACGCCAUCGGUCUGUCUUGUGAGCUGGUGGUGGAGCACAUUCAGAGCUUCAUACACUCAGACAUCAGGUACGAGAGCAUGAUCAACACCAUGCUGAAGGACCUCUUCGAGCUGCUGGUCGCCUGUGUGGCCAAGCCCACAGAAACCAUCUCCAGAGUGGGCUGCUCCUGUAUCCGGUAUGUCCUCGUGACGGCGGGCCCCGUGUUCACAGAAGAGAUGUGGAGGCUGGCCUGCUGCGCGCUGCAGGACGCGUUCUCCGCCACGCUCAAGCCUGUGAAGGACCUGCUGGGCUGCUUCCACAGCGGCAGCGAGAGCUUCAGUGGGGAAGGCUGCCAGGUGAGGGUGGCGGCCCCCUCCUCCUCCCCCAGUGCGGAGGCCGAGUACUGGCGCAUCCGAGCCAUGGCUCAGCAGGUGUUUAUGCUGGACACCCAGUGCUCACCAAAGACUCCGAACAAUUUCGACCAUGCUCAGUCCUGUCAGCUCAUCAUUGAACUGCCUCCCGAUGAAAAGCCGAACGGACACACCAAGAAAAGUGUUUCUUUCAGGGAAAUUGUGGUGAGCUUACUCUCUCAUCAAGUGUUGCUCCAGAACUUGUAUGAUAUCCUGUUAGAAGAGUUCGUCAAAGGCCCCUCCCCUGGAGAGGAGAAGGCUGUCCAAGUGCCAGAAGCCAAGCUGGCCGGCUUCCUCAGAUACAUCUCCAUGCAGAACCUGGCCGUCAUCUUUGACCUGCUGCUGGACUCCUACAGGACAGCCAGAGAGUUUGACACCAGCCCUGGGCUGAAGUGCCUGCUGAAGAAAGUGUCCGGCAUUGGAGGGGCCGCCAACCUCUACCGCCAGUCGGCGAUGAGCUUCAACAUCUACUUCCACGCGCUGGUCUGUGCAGUCCUCACCAACCAGGAAACCAUCACGGCCGAGCAGGUGAAGAAAAUCCUUUUCGAGGACGAUGAGAGAAGCACAGACUCGUCGCAGCAGUGCUCGUCCGAAGAUGAAGACAUUUUUGAGGAGACUGCCCAGGUGAGCCCCCCGAGAGGCAAGGAGAAGAGGCAGUGGAGGGCUCGGAUGCCCUCCCUAAGUGUCCAGCCCAUCAGCAACGCAGACUGGGUGUGGCUGGUCAAGAGGCUUCACAAGCUGUGCAUGGAGCUGUGCAAUAACUACAUCCAGAUGCACUUGGACCUGGAAAACAGCCUGGAGGAAGCGCCCGUCUUCAAGAGCGACCCAUUCUUCAUCCUGCCCUCCUUCCAGUCCGAGUCAUCCACCCCGUCCACCGGGGGGUUCUCGGGGAAAGACACGCCUUCCGAGGAUGACCGCAGCCAGACUCGGGAUCACCUGGGCGAGUCCCUGAGCCUGCGGGUGGGCAGCGGGGAAACACUGAUGCUGCCCCCGAGCCCCAAGGUGGAGAAGAAGGACCCCGGCAGGAAGAAGGAGUGGUGGGAGAACGCGGGUAACAAAAUCUACACCAUGGCGGCUGACAAAACCAUUUCGAAGCUGAUGACGGAAUACAAAAAGAGGAAACAGCAGCAUAACCUGCCCACGUUCCCCAAAGAGGUCAAAGUGGAGAAGAAGGGAGAGCCCCUGGGUCCGAGGGGCCAAGGAUCCCCGCUGCUUCAGCGUCCCCAGCACUUGAUGGACCAAGGGCAGAUGCGGCAUUCCUUCAGCGCAGGCCCCGAGCUGCUGCGGCAGGAGAAGAGGCCCCGCUCGGGCUCCACCGGGAGCUCCCUGAGCGUCUCCGUGAGAGACGCCGAAGCACAGAUCCAGGCGUGGACCAACAUGGUGCUAACCGUCCUCAAUCAGAUUCAGAUCCUCCCUGACCCGACCUUCACGGCCCUCCAGCCCGCAGUGUUCCCGUGCAUCAGCCAGCUGACCUGCCACGUGACUGACAUCAGAGUGCGCCAGGCUGUGAGAGAGUGGCUCGGCAGGGUAGGCCGCGUCUAUGACAUCAUCGUGUAGAUGACUCACAGUGAAGAAGUUCGGGAGCCAGGGUGAGAGUAUGCCUAGCAUCUUCCCCACCACCAGCCCCAUGGACACCAGUGUCUCGAAGAACAGUCAGCUGCUCCCUCACUAAUCAGCAUUAGGGGCCAUUCUGGACCUGCAUCCAGGUGACACAAAGUACACUCUGAUUUUGCACAUCAUUUCAGAAGAGUCUCCCUCUGUUCCUUGACACAUUUCUAAAUCUUGAAGUUUAUUUCCCAGUGCUUUUACCUGCCAUGUUAUUGCCAAAUGGGUCACGUGCAAGGACCACUCCUCUGAAAACUUUGCAUUGAUCCUUUUUUUUAAUGCAAUUGCUAAGGAAGUACCUGCUGGUAAGUCAAGCUGAUGUAUAAAGUCAGACAUCUAGUCCCAAACAUUAUUCAUCAGAGAAAGAUUUAUAUCAUGACUGUGCAUUUGGUGGGGAAGAAAACAGCUCGAGAGACGUGUUCUUGGAUGUCAUAAUCAAGAAAAGGGUGACUUUCUCGGUAAAAUAUUCCAGAACACUUAAAAAUUGUCCUAACUUGUCAAGAUUUUCUGGUUGGCACUCACCAACUUUCUCGUUUAAGGUACUGUUGUGCCUUUGUUUCCCUAUUUGUAAUGGAAGAAAAUUCUUUUCUAGCAGAAUGUGCAGUCCACAUCAUGGCAGCCUCUGACACACGGUACCCACUGAUACUUGCUGACACAGAUGUUUGCCAAGAGACAGAAGACUAACCAGCUACCCUGGCAGUCCCACUAGUCUCUGCUUUUGCUUUCAAGGCAAAAAAAAGAAGGGAAAGAAAAAAUGGUGCCUUAGUCCCUUGUUUUACAGAUUUCUAUGUUCCACCGUUAUCUGAGCAUAAGGUUUAACAUUUGGUUUUUAAGAAAACAAAACAUGGAAAUGCAACCCAUUUGAUAGCCACACCCUCGGAGGAAAGGAAGUGAGUUCUCCAUUCAGUGAGCAGACUUCUCAGGGAAGGGGGCUGGGAGUGUGGGGUAGGGAGACAGCUGGAUGGGGUGGGAAGGAGAAUUAUAAUGAAAUCCUUUUAAUCUUCAAAUGUUACACAACAACCAUGUGAAAUUAUGGUGUCUGUUACACAAGCUCUAGUCAUGGAAGAAAAUUAGAGGAGGAGACACAAUGAAAUCUAGGAAAUGAAGGUUUCAGUUUAAAAUUCUUUGCUCUCCGGGAAGUCUACUUACCCCAUGUCUGAAGUCCACUUAUUCAGGCCAGUAUUUUAAGUGGAUCUUUCUUUUCUUAAAUUUUGCUGGAAAAGUUAAUCUGGAACCUUUAUCUUACUAUGUACAGUAUAUUUAAUAUUUCUUAAAUAAUAAUAAUAAUGAUUAAAACUCCUCAGUCAAGUUCAUUCAUAUAUAUUCUACAGUUAGUUGCUAUGACAUACAUUAUAAUUUCCCAGCCCCUAAAAAUACAUUCAUAAUUGAAUAAGUCAUCUUUUAAAAAUAGAACAGCAACCCUUUGAUAUUGAAGUAAGGAUUCGAAGUUGACAACUGUGCUUAGUGCUGGUAUUUGUAAACUUUGUCUUUCUUGAAAAACAGGUGAACUUAUCUGCAAGGUUAAGGGGAAGACUGAGCCGAUUCACUUGGGCAAUCUAAAAGAAGGAACUUUAUCUUUCAGUAUGCCACCCAAGUAAAGGUCACUACAGAAUCCAGAAGACAUUUUUUCACUUCCAUAAAACACUCUUUGCCUUCAGAUUUUAUUCAUUAGAUAAUAAUUUGAGUUUAGAAACAGAUCAACUAUUUGAUCGUAACAAGCAAUGAAUUGUUGGGAUAGCAAUGAGCUGUGUUCGUGGUUCUGAACUUUUAUGUCUUGUAAGUCAGGUAGGUACUUUUUAAAAAAACAAAAGCAGUAUGCCACAGGUGUUCGUUUUUGGUUUUUGUUUUGGUUAUGGCUUCUCUUAAGCGCAGUUCUCCUUUGUGAGCCUGUGAGUACUACAAAAUGUACUGGGGGGGUAGGGAAAGCUUCUGGAGAGUAAUCCUAGUAAUUACAGAAUGUUUAUAUAUAGCAACUUUUUAUACAGUAUAAAAAUUUGAAGGAAGCCAGGCCCAAUUUAUGAAUGUCAUGUCCCAGAGUAUGUUUGCUAAUUAUUUAGAAGUCAGAAUCCGUUUUCCCACCGACCCCCUAUUCUGGGGUCCUGGGCUAGUUUAUGCAAAGAAGAGUACCGUGUACUCUUUCCAAACACUGCUCUGGCACUAACCUGACCGUGGGUACCUAGAAUAAAAAGACAAGAGAACACACAUAGCUCUUUACCUAUAGUGUUGUAAGAGGGUUUUCGUGCCUUCCCACACCUUUGCUAUAGCCCCCCCACCCCCGUGGCAACCCACACUGGUCUUCAGCCCACCCGCAUUCCCAACGUACCCUGCACUCUGCAUCCAGUCAGAGUUCAACCAGAAAACUGUCACAGCGGCACUUCCCAGAGGUAUUUGCAGUCUUCAAAAAGGACAUUGCUUAAUACAAAUAGUCUCCGAUGAACAGGACUUCAGGUCACAGUGGAGUCUGGUGAAUCCUUCCAGGGGUGGGGAAGAAAGGGGGAGAAGCAGGAACCCUGGCUAGAGAGAGGCAGACCGGCCAGUGAGCCCCUCCCACUCCCCUGGUGUCUCAGUUUCUGCCUUUCCCUGAGGUCUCUGAAAGACCAGGGUCGGGCCAGCCUUUGUAGUUAAAAUAGUUAUUACCAUGUAUUUACAUGUCUAAGCAGAAUAAGAGUUUGCACAGUGCUUUCGGUUGCUGGUAUUCACUGUCAAAAGCGUGUUGCCCUCAGGGUGAGAUGUACUCUCUUUUUCUAAUACUUGCGUACAGUGCACACCAUGAGCACCUGGGAAACCCAGAGUGUAAAAGAAUCCCUGACUCGACAGCUCAGCCGAGGACAUCACACUCUCCAUCAGAUUCCUCCUGGCCGUGAGGGCACAGAUUCGAGGGGGCCGAUAGGUCGCUCUAGGGCGCCUCUCCUGAGCAGCCUAUAAAGAUGCUUGGCUGCCUCCUUAUACCAUCUUAUUUUCUCUCCUCUAAGAUUGUUCUCUAGCCUUCUCCAUCAAUGCAAAACGAGGCACCUUUUACCAUUUUUAGGCUAUUUAAUGGCUGGCCAAGGCUGCUGCUAACAUACAUAACAGCUCGAGUUAAAGUGCUUUCCAUCAGACACGACAAAAUGGUAACAUGAUUCAAAAGUCCCUUUAAAUGGAAACUUCUUUAUAACAGUAUCCCGAGGCUUCUUGUUCUUGUUUCAAGGAGAAGGCUUAUACUGAGUCAGUGGAAAGAGUGACGGAGCCUCAACUGCAUUACAGACUAGAUGUCUUCAACUUCCCUCAAAUACAUCACACUACUGCUUGUGGAGGAAAGUCUUAAAAAGGAAAAUCAUUCACGUCAGUCCCUUCAAACUAAACAGGCCUUUGCUUGGAGCUGAAAACAAUAGCGAAAGAGUCACAGACGGCCGGGAGGAGGUGACGUCUGUUGAGUGCCACGUGCGUGUAGGCCCUCACCUACACUACUGUAAGUUACUGUCACAGUAACCUUGUGAAACAGGUGUUGCUUUCCUCCUUUUUUUAGAUGAGGACAGAGACCCAGAGAGGUUGAGAAAUUUGCCCAAGAUACCCAGUAAGUGGCAAAGCUGGUUGCCAAAGAGGUGUUCCUGAAUUCAAAGGCCAUGUUAUCUCCACUACACCUUGCUGUGAAUGUGGAGUAAACACCGGAGUGUCUCAAGGAAUUACACAGUUCAAAUGAGUUAAAAAUACUUGAUUGAUGUCUUAGCUCCAUAAUGUUACGGGGAUUUUUUAAUAAGGUUUUUUUUAAAAAAGGAUAGUGUUUGUGUAGGGAAAGAUCAUGUAUAACAAUAUUUUGAGUGUCCAAUUAUAAGAAAAAUCUAAAUUUUAAUCUCAAAGCAGGCCUCCAGUGGUCAUUUAGAAAGCCUGCCAAUUAGAUGGAAAUGACGGAAUAAGAGGGUGCGUGGCCAGCUGCUACACGGGGAAGAUGGGGCGGUCUGCAUCUGGGAUGACAUGUGCAAAUUGGGAACCUUUUCCAAUGACCCCUUAGUCACUCAGAACAAAGUGCCCUGUAGCCAGCGGUGUCUCUCUGCCUGCUUCCCUGGGAAGUAUUUCAUACUAAAUAUGUAAGUCAGCAUCUGAGUUUGGGAAUAUGCAAAAUAAAUAACCAUUUUCAAAUGCAUACCCUGGAGAGGAAGUCUCCGUUACACAAAAUGGUUUGAAGAUCCAGCUACUGGUGCAUGAGGUCAAUAUCCACAGUAACCACGUGCCAUGAAGCCUACAUAGCCCUGAGCACAUUGCAGACCAGGAAACAGGCAGAAGGAAAACUCAGAACUCAGCUCGUGUUUGGGCACCACUCAGGUGAUCCUAGUAAGAUUCAGCACGGCCUUUGAAAAGCAAGAGACUACUUUUAAGCACUUUUUAUUGGAAAUACGAGCUUGUUAUGGGCAAGAUUUAUGAAAUUGGUAAAGAACUCAUUUAUAUCUAUGCUUCAUAAAAAAAAUCCUAUGUUCCUCUCAUUGAUUAGUAGACCAAUGUAGAAAACUGAGAUUCUCUUCCUGUGCUUGUAUUGUAAUGUUUGUACGUGAUGUGGAAGGAACUAAUAAUUAAAAUUUUGGACUAGUACACCAUAUAGCUUUCCAAACCACAAUUAUAACUUCAGAAAAGACAGACCAAAAAAGAAAGAAAAAAUCAUGUCCUGGGAUAGUCUAAGAGAAACUCAGUUGAGAACAAUGCUCAAUUUUCUUACAAACAGCGGCACCACUUCUGGGCUGAAGAAAAGCCACUAGCACACCACUAGCACCGCACAAAACAUCCCCCCUCUGUGUCCUGAUGCAAGGGGGCUCCGGGGAGGACGGACUGGCUGACCGUCUUAGUGACAGAGCUGCAGCCGACUGCUGGAGAAUCCCUCCAGGUGUGGUCCUUCCCGCCUCUUCAACCACCAGGAAUUGUUUGUAUGGUCAGUUCCUCUCUAGAAGAUAUGUCAUGGUUGUCUAGUGUCUCCUGACUUUAGAAUAGCGGUCCUCGGAUGUUAGCUCACAUCAGAAUCACCGGGAGCACUGGCUAAAACACAGGUCGCCAGGCCCAGGCUUUCUGACGCAGUAGGUCUGGAAAUCUGCAUUCCUAAUGAGUUCCUUGGGGGCGCCCAUGCUCCGGGUCUGGAGACCACACUUGGAGAACCACUGUCUUGAGAACAUUUCCAACUCUUACCUUUAAGAUCAGCUUGGCUCACCAAGCACUCGAGAAAAACUGAACUUGAUCUUGGGCAGACAGCUUGGGAUUGGAUUUUUCUAUAGCAUUCCUGCUCAAUCUUCCCAGUUUCUGUGUUUAUUACACCAACAAUUGUUUUUUUACAAGCUCGAGGACAAUGAAUGUGUAAGUUCUAUGGAGCAGUGAGAUCAGUGCAAGCUUCUCGUCUUUGUAUUUAGAAACAUUGAUUCUGUGGAUAACCACUUGUGUCCUGGUGGCCCUUUGACUUAUACCGAGGUGAUUUCAAGUUUAAGUAUGCGGUGUCUGCAUUUCUUCUGUUCUUACAGUUUUAAUGAGAUGUUUCCAUGCGGACUCCAUUGUAACCUUGGCUCCUGGCUUCCAGAUGUUUUUGAGUAGUUGCUUGCUUGCCAGUAGUUUUAUCUCUCUCAUUAGUCACCACAAUGUCAGCACUUCAAGAUGACAUUACACUGCUUGAUGUAUCUUCCUUUUUCUCUUAAUUGUCUGGUGUAAAUUAAUAUUUUAAUUUCCUGUAGACCUGCAAACAGUCUCCCAAAUGGCUUCACAGAAAUUUGCAAACAUAACCACUCCCUUCUGAGCAGUAAAUGUGCCUGUUUUAAAGACUUCCCAGUAGAUGUGUCGGGUUGGUGCUCUCAUCUGCACAAGAGAGACCAUGUUCGUUUUCUCAUCUUCCGAAUGACGGGAGAACCGUACAAGAGUAUCAGCGUGCUUUGGGAGUACAGUGGAAUCAUGUUAACUCAAAGAUGGCUGGGGCCUUGGUUUAGUUAUUCACUCUCUAUUCAGUUAAUUAGCUUUGGAAAUUCUUUUUAUGUGAAAAAAAAUAAUGAACACAGAGCAAAUAAUUCAAGAGAAAAAAAUUAAGUACCUUAAAAUCAUCACCCAUGUGUAAAUAUAUUAAUUACACAUAAUUCUUAUUGAUUUAAUAAAGUUUCCCUAAAUACUUCUUAAAUACCCUGACAUCAUUUAAAUUACUUUAUUCUCUUGCAUGAAUAGAAAGUAAUGACUAUAUUUACUAGAAUUAAUGAGAUCAGAAAGUAUAUCAAAGUGUUAAUGGUAUCAAGGAUUCAAAUCCUUGCCUCUGUGGAUGGAAAUGAAGUUUUUCAUUUUACUUUUGUUUUCCAUAACCUUUUUUGGAAGUCAUAUAUGCAUUUCAUUCUUUUAAGAAUAAUUUAUUUUCAAAUUAAAUUUUAAAAUUAAUCUCUAAGAAUAAUUUAUUUUCAAUUUAUUUUACCAACUGGUGCCAAAAACAAGGGAGGGGGAUCUAAAAGCCAAUCUUUUGAACUACCACAUAAAUAUUGUGUUUUCCCUGAAAGUCGGGGAGGCUCUGGUCCCUGACAGCAUCAGCCACCCAUGGUCGUCCAUGGCUACCUCAUGGUUACGUGCAAGCUACUUCGUAUCCCUCCCUCUAUUGUCUGUUCUUCUGAUUUUUGUUGGAAGUAGUUCUCGCUGGUCAAAAUAAGUUUCCCACUGAAGAGGCAAAAGUGGACAAAGAGGAAUGCUUCUGAUAUUUUGGUUUCACCUCAGUUGAAACCUCGUGGUAGAAUAUACGGGUAUGGCGUGAUGGGGCAGGAGACGGUGCCUGGAGGGGGAGGCUGACUGUGUCUGUUUAUGUUGCUUGAUUUGAUUUUUGGUGGGUUGGAGGGAGGUAAGAAUAAACAAUGUAUUGCCCUAAUCAUGCCAAACAAUUAUUAUUCAAGAUUAUUUUUGUGCUUUUCUAAGAAGAAUACAUUUAAAUAAAUUAAAUUCUAAACAGUUCCCCUACUACCAUGUCCCUGCUCUAAAUAAAGCCAGUGGGUGGUAAGGGUCCUUUCUAUCCUUCCUUGUAUAAUGCCAAAGAACCGACUUGUUUUCGCUGAAAAGUAUAAACGAAUGACGCUUGGUAUAGCCAUAAUGAUUUGAGUCAGUAUACCAUUCCAUCUACACAAUGCCAAUGUCUCAUUGCAACCCCAUUCACCAGGAGCCUUGAAGUGUUUCGUGUACUCCAAAGGACUUGUGGCGGAAGUACAGUUUUGUUUUGCCUUAUCAUUUAGUCAGUUUGGUCACAUUUAUUAAAAAAAAAAAAAGAACUGAAAACCACCCUCCUUUCUAUGUUGGUAUAACUGUUUGAUUUGAUACAAUCUACGUGUUGUUUAACGGGUCUCUGUGAGCAAGUUCGCCAGUGUGUUUUGUGUACAUUUUAUCUGAGGUGAAAAUGAAAAUUCUAAAGAGAAAAUAUUUUAAAAGAUAUUGUAUUUAUGUUGCUUGUGUUGUAGAAUAAAGAUUCAA